AUGGUUUUACUAAUUGCUAAAGCUAAAAAAAGUUUUACUAUUGGAGAAAAUUUGGUUUUACCUGCAGCAGUAAAAAUAUGUGAAACUGUACACGGUGUUAAAAUUGCAGACGCAUUGCGGUCCAUCCCUGUUUCUAAUGAUACUAUUAAAAGAAGAAUAGACUGUAUGGGGGAUUAUAUGAAAUUACAAUUAUUAAUUAAAAUUAAAAGUAGUGACACUUUUGCAAUACAACUUGAUGAAUCGACCGAUCUUACAAAUAAUGCCCAGUUAAUGCUAUUUGUGAGAUAUCAAUAUAAUCUAAAAAUAAAUGAAGAUUUAUUUUUUUGUGAAACUCUUUCCGAGACAACAAAAGGCAUAGAUAUAUUUAAAAAAGGAACAUUUAACUUUUCGAAAAUUGGCUGUGAACUGAAUUCAAUUAUGAAUGAUAAAGUAUCAAUUGUAAAUUUCGUGAAAACCCAUGCUCUAAAUUCUCGACUUUUUAAAAUUUUAUGCGAAGAUAUGGGAUCCAACCAUAAUACAUUACUAUUCCAUACUGACGUUCGUUGGCUAUCCCGUGGGAAAGUUUUGAAAAGAGUUAUAAAACUAAGUGAUGAGCUCCGUAUAGUUCUUCGUGAUAUUAAACCAGAUUUAUCUGCACUUUUAAGUAAUGAAAAAUGGAUGUGUUUAACUUAA